UUUAUGGAACCAAUAAACAAAUAGCUUCAUGAUUAUUUAUAUUACUCAAAAGUCAAGACACUUUGUCUCUUAAUAUAAUCCUUCCACCAUUAUAUGGCUUGGCUUUGCAACAAGAAAAGAGAGGAGAGAAUAAAAUACAUACAAUAAGCAAUUCUCUCCUUCAACCCUCAUCAGUUCCUCCGGAGCCUCAUACAUCUCCUCCUCUAUCCCUCAAUCUUUAUCUUCAAGGCCAAAAAUAGCUACAAAGUUGCAGAAAAUAAAAGGAUCAAGUUCAUGGCUAUCUCAUGUUAUUCUCCUGUUAUCAUCAUUCCAAAAGUUCACACCAGGAGUUCAAUGGCAAGAGCUACCAUGCUUCACAAUAGCCGCAUACAAGUCACGGGAUCGUCGAUUCCUCUAAGAAAAUCCUGCAUGAUGAACAAGGUUUCUGAAGAUCAGCUGAGGGGAAUAGUGUGCUACGAAGACGAAAAGGGAGAAGUCAUCUGUGAAGGAUACGACGAAGGACCGCGAUUUGGUCAGCAAUCUCCAGAAACUUAUGUUCAAAGGUGCAGGGAACUUAGCACCACCGAUUUCGUCGAGCUAAUGAGGCUUCAAGUUGACGAAGAUCACGACUUCCACCAAUUCAUAUGGGAGAAGAACUAGAACAUGAAUACGAAUUUUCGUCCCUCCGCGAGCAUCAAAGCUGAAUGAUGAUGUCCUUUGCAAAGUUAUGUUGUUUGAUCUUGUUUGAGUGAUAAUGAGUAAAUAGAAGCUCUACCACAUCAUAGAGAAGUUCAUCUGCAUGUGUUCAUGUUGUAAGUAAGAUGAUUAAGAUGUAUCAUAUUACUUUUUAUGUGGUUUUCCAAAAUAGCUUA